UGGAGGUAUUCCAUACGCAAAAGAACAGUGAGGUUGGACAAGUCAUUGGAAGUGGAAGCGGUGAGAUAAAAGGGAGAAAGAAAAAGAGAAGAUCAUGUUGGAAGGGAAAGCCACCGUCAAACAAACCGACAUGUCGGAGAAGAUGCAGAUUCACGCCAAGGCCUCUGCAUCUCACGCCCUCGAUCUCUUCGACGUCUCCGAUUGCCUCUCGCUUGCUGCGCAUAUCAAGAAGGAAUUUGAUCGGAGCUACGGGAGUGGGUGGCAAUGUGUGGUGGGUUCCAAUUUCGGCUGCUUCUUCACUCAUUCAAAGGGGACCUUCAUCUAUUUUUCCCUUGAAACUCUCAAUUUUCUCAUCUUUAAAGCUGCUUCCAACUAAUUAUUUCCUAAAUUACCAUUUCACAGCACUACAAAUGCUUUCAUCUUCAGGGGCACCCUCGUCCUUUCUCCUCCUCCUCUCUCUAAAUUACAUGGAACCAACCAUGUAUGUGUAUCAAUUAUGUUUCGCCAUUCACUUUCUUUCUUCAGACAAAUCUCCUUCUACGUGUAAUAUGUUUCACGAGUUGUUA